CCGGUCCGGUCCGGUCCGGUCCCUCCCCUCCCAGCUCCCCGUCCUGCGGCCUCCCGCCGCUAGAGGGCGCGCUACAGUGUCAGCGCCGACUUGCUCCGCCCCGUUUACUCCGCUGUCCAAUGAGCACGCUGUGUUUUAGCGGGAAGGAGGGGCUGGCCGGAAGAGGCUCCCUGGACUUCCGGUGAGCGGCGGGCGCCAUGUCGGAGGGGAGGCCGCUGCGGUUGCUGGGGCUGCACGGCUACCGGCAGAGCGAGCGCCGCUUCCGCCAGCGCACCGGAGCGCUGCGUAAAGCCUUGCGGGGCCGCGCGGAGCUGGUGGCGGUCAGCGCCCCGCACGCCGUGCCCGGCGGCGGCGAGGACGACGACGGAGACGAUCCCCCCCGCGGCUGGUGGUUCUCCGGCCCCGGCACCUUUGAGGCGGGUGAGGUAGCGGCGGCGCCGGAGGGGCUGGAGGAAUCGCUGUCGGCCGUGGCGGCGGCGCUGGCGGAGCACGGGCCCUUCGAUGGGCUGCUGGGCUUCAGCCAGGGUGCGGCGCUGGCCGCCAUGGUGUGUGCCCUGCGGGCCCGUGGUGACCCCCGUUUCCCUGUGGCCUUCGCCAUCCUGGUGGCGGGUUUCGCCAGCCGUGCGCCGGCCCACGGUCACUUCUACCGGGAGCCCAUCGCGCUGCCCACGCUGCAUGUCGUGGGGGAUGCCGACGCCGUCAUUGCUGCGUCCCUCAGCAGGGAGCUGGCCCAGCACUUUGUGGAGCCUGUUGUCCUCACCCACCCUGGCGGACACUUCAUCCCAGCAGCUGCGCCACAGAAAAAGGCAUACUUGGACUUCUUGGACAGCUUCUGCCCCACACGGGGACAGACUGAGCCCUCAGGGGCUGGGGCUGUUUGUUAACAGGCUCUGCAAUAAACGGGGCUCCAGCCAGCCACACACAGCUUCCCAUCUUGGUGAAAUAUAACUGUUUCCAUGCUCUCAAGAGGGGCCAAAGAGUCCUCAUCCGUUCCUGGUGCUGCUGUGCAGUGUUAACCCAUGGCCAACCUGACAGUUCUUUGUUAUGUUUAGUUUUUGCAGCCCUGUGUGUAUGAGUGUGUGGGGGUGAUGGUCUGAGAACAGGGAUGUGACACUGCUCUGUGUCUUUGAGGUGCUUUCAGAGACUUGAAUAGCUCAAAAUCAGAGACCUUCAGCUCAGCCAAAGGCAGAGCACACAGCUCCUGCAGCAGUUACACCCCAGAGGUGUGUGGGGUUCAUAUUCCUGGUGAAAGCCAUUCAGCCAACUUUCCAGCUGCUCUGGGGCUAGAAGUAUCUCCUGCCCCUGGCAGCACCAGGGCUGGUGUUCAUUUCAGAUGUGAAGCAUCUGGUUCAGUGCAUGCUGGGAGACUUCUGUACCUUCCUCUGUACAAAGUGCCUUCGUGAACAAUGAAAACUUGUCACCAUGGUUUGAUUCUGAUGUUUUCUAGAAGCACAUGGAAAUCUUUAUUGUUGUUACCAUUGCCUGCAUCCUCCUGGGGUCUCCAGCAUCUCACGCUCCUGGGGGAGGCACCACCUUGGGCAGGGGGAUGGUGAAUGCAUGGAAAGGUCCCAGCUCUGCUGGAAGCUUCUCUGGGCAGGUUGUGGUGGG